AAGGCGUUUUACUUUCAGAGUUGUCAAUGUUCUAUCAGUUGACAAUUUUUCACACUUUUUGACUGUUUAAUACAGUUAAGGGUGUAGACUCAACUACCUACAAUAUAAUUUUGUAAAUUUUUUUAAUAAAUCCAAAAUGACAGACUCAAAGUAUUUUACCACUACCAAGAAAGGAGAAAUUUUUGAACUCAAAUCAGAGUUGAACAAUGAUAAGAAGGAAAAAAAGAAAGAAGCUGUGAAAAAAGUAAUUGCUUCCAUGACUGUGGGUAAAGAUGUAUCAGCACUGUUUCCUGAUGUGGUCAACUGUAUGCAGACUGACAAUUUAGAACUCAAAAAAUUAGUGUAUUUGUACCUGAUGAAUUAUGCCAAAAGUCAACCUGAUAUGGCCAUCAUGGCUGUCAACACAUUUGUCAAGGAUUGCGAGGACCCAAAUCCGCUGAUUCGAGCAUUAGCAGUUCGCACAAUGGGUUGCAUACGCGUGGACAAGAUUACUGAGUACCUCUGUGAACCACUGCGAAAAUGCCUGAAGGAUGAGGAUCCAUAUGUUCGUAAGACUGCAGCAGUUUGUGUGGCCAAGCUAUACGAUAUUAAUGCAGCUUUAGUUGAAGAUCAAGGAUUUCUAGAUCAGUUAAAAGAUCUUUUAUCAGAUAGUAAUCCUAUGGUUGUUGCAAAUGCUGUGGCUGCUUUAUCCGAAAUUAAUGAAGCAAGUCCCAGUGGACAACCUUUAGUUGAAAUGAAUGCACAGACCAUUAAUAAGUUAUUAACAGCGCUGAAUGAAUGUACAGAGUGGGGUCAAGUUUUCAUUUUAGAUUCCCUUGCAAAUUACUCACCUAAAGACGAUCGUGAAGCUCAAAGCAUUUGUGAACGUAUUACUCCACGUUUAGCUCAUGCUAAUGCUGCAGUUGUUCUAUCUGCUGUAAAGGUACUAAUGAAGUUAAUGGAAAUGUUACAAUCAGAAUCGGAUUUUGUUGGCACGUUAACAAAAAAAUUAGCUCCUCCGCUUGUAACUUUACUUAGUUCCGAACCUGAAGUUCAAUAUGUAGCAUUACGAAAUAUAAAUCUUAUUGUUCAAAAGCGUCCGGAUAUUUUAAAACAUGAGAUGAAAGUUUUUUUCGUCAAGUAUAAUGAUCCUAUUUAUGUUAAACUUGAAAAAUUAGAUAUCAUGAUUCGUUUAGCAUCCCAAGCUAAUAUAGCUCAGGUUUUAUCUGAACUGAAAGAAUAUGCUACAGAAGUUGAUGUAGACUUUGUACGAAAAGCCGUAAGAGCUAUUGGUCGUUGUGCCAUUAAAGUUGAACCCUCUGCUGAACGAUGUGUUUCAACACUUCUAGACCUCAUACAAACAAAGGUCAAUUAUGUUGUUCAAGAGGCAAUUGUUGUUAUAAAAGACAUUUUCCGAAAAUAUCCAAACAAGUAUGAAAGUAUUAUUUCAACUCUUUGCGAAAACUUGGAUACUCUUGAUGAACCUGAGGCUCGUGCAUCUAUGAUAUGGAUUAUUGGGGAAUAUGCAGAACGUAUUGAUAAUGCAGAUGAAUUGCUUGAAAGUUUCUUAGAAGGAUUUCACGAUGAAAAUACACAAGUUCAAUUGCAACUACUCACAGCAAUAGUUAAACUAUUUCUUAAAAGACCUACAGAUACUCAAGAAUUGGUUCAACAAGUUCUUAGUUUAGCAACGCAAGAUUCUGAUAAUCCUGACCUACGAGACCGAGGAUUUAUUUAUUGGCGUUUACUUAGUACAGAUCCAGCAGCUGCUAAAGAAGUUGUACUUGCUGAGAAACCUUUAAUUUCAGAAGAAACGGACUUGUUAGAACCAACAUUAUUAGAUGAAUUAAUAUGUCAUAUUUCAAGUUUAGCUUCUGUAUAUCAUAAACCACCAACUGCUUUCGUUGAAGGUAGAGCAGCAGGUGCUAGAAAAUCAUUACCUGCUAGAAGUAAUUCGAGCGAGGAUUCAAGUCAACAUGCAGCACAGCCCGAUCUUCUUAGUAUGGAUAUUGGUGGUCCAACUAUAGUUACUCCAACACCAGCUCCACAACCAGGAUUAGGUUUGGACUUGUUAGGUGGUGGUUUAGAUGGAAUUUUAGGUGGAGCUAAUACUGGAAGCAGUGCACCUGUUGUAUCUCAAAGUACUACUGGACUACUUGGUGAUAUAUUUGGUUUUAAUCAAGGACCUACUUCUUAUGUAGCACCUAAAGUUAAUUGGUUACCUGCUGAGAAGGGCAAAGGAUUUGACAUUUGGGGAACAUUCUCAAGAAAAAAUGGUCAGAUUAGUAUGGAUAUGACAUUUACAAAUAAAGCAAUGCAACCUAUAGGAGGCUUCGCAAUACAAUUAAACAAAAACAGUUUUGGUUUAACACCAGCUGCUCCAUUGCAAGUACCAGGUCCUUUAAAUCCUGGUGCUAGUAUAGAUACCAGUCUAAUCUUAUCUACGGCCGGUGCAGUACAACGUAUGGAACCAUUGAAUAAUCUUCAAGUUGCAAUAAAAAAUAAUAUUGACGUGUUUUAUUUUGCUUGUAUUGUUCCCAUGAAUGUUUACUUUUCUGAAGAUGGUCAAUUAGAUAAAAGAGUAUUUCUUAGUACAUGGAAAGAUAUACCUGCUCAAAAUGAGGUACAAAACACAUUGAAAGGAAUAAUGUUGCCUGUAGAUCAAGUUAUUCAAAAAAUGCAACAGAAUAAUGUAUUUACAAUUGCUAAAAGAAAUGUAGAAGGGCAAGACAUGUUAUAUCAAUCUCUUAAAUUAACAAAUACUGUUUGGGUACUAAAUGAAUUAAAAAUCCAACCCGGAAAUUCUGAUGUUACUCUGUCUUUGAAAUCUCGUUCUGUGGAAGUGGCACCAGGCAUAUUUCAAGCAUAUAAUGCAAUUCUGCAUUCUUAAAUAGUAAAUUAAGUUAUUCAAUAUUGAGUUUA